AUGUCUGAUAAGAAAGUAGGAAAAACAAAGGUUAUUCUCGAUGAAUACGUUGGCAAGACAAGAAUACCAAAGACAACAGUGAAGCAAGUGUAUAGACUAACGGAUAAGGAGUUGGAGCUGUUAAAGUCGACGAAAAAGACAAACCAGAGAUUCGGUGGUGCCAUGACCCUGUACUCAAGGGAGCGUGUCUUGACAUUGUGCUGCAAGAAGUAUGGCUGCACAAGAAAGAAUAUCGCAGAGGUGUUGGCACAGGACAAUCCACCCAUCGUCAACAAGUUGGUGGAGCGCAAGAAGCCUGAGCCUAGAAAGAAGAAGGAGGUUGCACCUGCUGCUGCGCCUGCAGUAGCACCCACAACCACCAUCGUAAGCACAGUGGUCACUACAACAACUACAACAAUGACAAAGUAG